GGCUAACGAUGGGAGCACCUGAUUGUGUUCAGAUGUGGCUGCACGUUCAGUACACGGUUGGCAAUGAUGCUUAAAUGUCAGGCAGACUGCUAAGCUACUGUCGCUUUAAGACACCUGAUGACAAAGAAGGAAAACCCCAUGGAGGAAGCAGGAAGUUCGUUUACCAAGAAGGAGAGCACAUAAACAAUACACAAAGCACAGAGCAAAAGUUUCACACCUUCAUCGCAAUGGCUGGCAUUAAAGCACUGGUUGGGUUGUCCUUCAGUGGUGCCAUUGGACUAACAUUUCUUCUUCUGGGCUGUGCACUGGAACAGUACGGGGUAUACUGGCCGCUGUUUGUCCUGAUUUUCUACAUAUUAAGCCCCAUCCCAACCUUCAUAUCCAGACGCCUCAGUGAUGACACUGACUCCUCCAGCAAUGCAUGCAGAGAGCUGGCUUACUUCUUAACAACUGGCAUUGUGGUAUCAUCUUUUGGGCUUCCCAUUGUGCUAGCCCGCACUAGCACAAUCCAGUGGGGUGCUUGCGGUCUGGUGAUGACAGGAAACGCUGUCAUCUUUCUCACUAUCCUUGGCUUCUUUGUCGUGUUUGGAGGUGGGGACGACUUCAGCUGGGAGCAGUGGUAGAGUGCCGUCAGACAGUGGAUAGACAGAAGGACAGAUGGAUGGGUGGGUAGGUGGAUAGUUGAAUGGAUAGACAGCAGACUGAGGCACACAUGUGUCCUGCACUGAGGGGUGAUGCUCAUGUACAGUGUACGCUGCAAAAUGUCAAAAUGACUGGGUUUUCAGGUCGAUUUUUAUAUUUAAGAGUAUCUGGGUUGGAGACAACACUAUGUGCCCUAUUAAUGUGCCUUAUGUCUGUGACUAGAAAGACAAUGAUGCCUAUCCAGCUAAACCCAUGUAUUUUUGCUUGUCUCGCUUUUAUUUCAACCCCCAAAUCACCCUGCUUAUUGCUGCUGCCUGCAAUUUCAUUAGGCUUCAUAUAAUCAAUAUAAAGGAAUCCUGAAGAGUAACUCUAUUGUAAUGUACACUGCGAUGCUCACUGCAUUAUCUGUCCUCAUUGUUCAAGGGGGAAGUAGCUAUACUGAAUUAUGGCUUGCUUAUUAUGAGCACUGUUUGCUGUUUAAAGUGUGACGGCAGGGCAAUUUGUCUUAAUCCAUGCUAUCUGACAACUAGUUGAAGGAUUCCUCAUCAGGUAAAGAUAUAUUUGUAUGGAGAUGAUAUAUAUGUGUGUGGGUGUGUUUUUUGUUUUCAUUUUGCUACAAGACUUUAAAACCUUUUUUUGUUCUGGUGCAAUUGUUUACAGUACAUUCUCACCAAAGAUCAUUUUAGAGUGCACAAUUUAAGCAUAUUCUUCACCGCUGAACUGUAUUGAUCUGUGCUAUGCAGUAAUAUGAUUAGAAGAAAGCGCGGUUUAGUGAAAAUCAUACAUCUAAGUGUCUAUGUUCAGUUAUUGUGUGAACAGGCCAGAGAAAACACCCAUAUCCAUUUUAUGUUCCUGCAGACGAAAAAGAAAAUCAUACUACUGACAAGAGCAUGAUAUUAAUUUACGUAUGCUAUUUUGCCAUGUUGAAUGGCAAAUGCGGGAGAAGAAUGUUUUUAGGCCAAGUUGUUUUUUGUCCUUUAAAGAGGGUUUAACCGGCAAACUCAUUCAUAAGUGCCUGUCAUCCAAUCACUGUGAUUUGGUUUUUGAGUCCUGUUUUUGUGUUUCAUCAUCAGGGGCCAUUGGAAUUUGUAAUUGUAAAUCAAUAUUACAUCAUGCUAUAUUUAAUCAUUGUCAGUAACCGACUAUGAAUGAGUAUCUGACGUUUGUAUAAUAAGCCUACGUCAUAGAGAAAAUUCUAGUUAGUGCCCUAUAUAAUUUCUGAUUCCCUAAUUUCUUAACUACUUUUGAAGGGAAAUGUACUUUAUGUCUCACAACUGACAUGUUCAAAAAGGAAAGCUUGUUCUUUCUAUUGUGACUCCCAUACCCACACUAAUGAGUGUUAAAAAGCUCAGAGGUUAUUUUAUAAGCUCCUGACUGCAUUUUGUUUUCUAACAUUGAUUAAAACUCUCUGUAUAGUGAAA